AUGGGAGACCAGGGAGAGUCUACGCGAGUGUUCGUGCACAACUUGCCGUACAACAUGGACGAGAAGGACAUCCGCGACUUCCUGCGCGAUGCGGGUGAGAUCCGCCAUGUUGACGUAAAGCUUGGACGUGACGGAAGACCGCGUGGCAUCGCUAUCGUCGAAUUUGAGAAAGAUGAGGAUGCGAAGUAAUGAUAAAAAAGUUCAUGUGGUCUCGUUUCUUUUGUAGUUGGUCCUCUAGUUGUAAGUAUUGUGCCGCGUGGUCAUCUCUACUCGGGUCGCAACGGAACCAGGCAGUUACUUGUAGCUGCUACGUAGUUCGAAUGAAUGAAUAAGUGAAGUAAAUUGUAAAUGCAGGCUCGUGUCGCUGUGGUCCUGUAGUUCCUACACCAAUUAAACUGAUCUUCCAUCUACUGGCGUCUCCACCAGUAACAAGAUCAUCUUCAUAUCAAAGACACCACCGGGAUCGGGUGUACUGCUUAAACAUACAGGAUACCCACACACUCUGUUCAUUUCCCAGGUACUGCAUCAGCAAGAUGGACGAGACGAAGUUGGACGGUCGCACGAUCACCUGCCGUGAGGAUCGUGGCAGUGGCUAUGUCCAUCCGGAUGCUUUCAAGAAAAAAGGCAAGGGCAAGUUCGAGUACGAUUACGGACGUGGCUCUCCGCGUCGUGGUGGAGGUGGUCGUCACGAUUCUCGUGCCCGCGGACGUGGACGCAUUAAGGCUAGAUAUAUCGACAUAGAAGUCAUCAAAUGAUUCUAAUUUAAACUAUCUCUACGGUGAUCAAGAACGGUCAACAUAACAGGGACAUCCACAUGACAUUUCAAUUUAUAAACUAAAAGAUGAACUCACUUUUCUUAUCAAGAAAAAAUAACAAGAAUAGAAAAGAGCAAGAGGGUGGUCAAAUACAGGCUCCUUUUUUGUUAGACCAGGAUUUUUCUCGUUGCGCCACGUUCUUAAUCCUUUUUUACAUUUUGCGAGCCUAACAAGGCCCAACCUCUUCGGGACCGCUGGGGCAAUCCCGUUAGCUUCGCAGUAAACCCUCGGAGCGGGACUCCCCUCCCAAGAAAGGCGAAGUGUGGACAAGCGCCUCCAGGGGAGUCCCAACCCUUGGGAGGCUCGACGCGGAGGUGCUUUGGAGGGGUGGCCAAAGAAAUAGAGGCUCCUUUUUUUGAAUGUCGUACUUCAUCCUCUAAUCAUCGCGGCGAUCGCUAUGGUGCAGGCUCUUCCCGUGGCUACGGCAAGGGUGGCGGCUACGGCGGUCGUGGCAACUCUCGUGGACGCAGCCGCGGACGUCGCGAUUCCCGAGGACGCGGAAAAUAA